AUGCUUCGGACCAUCCGACAUUCCAGUUUCUGGCUGGUUAUCCUUCUCAUUUCCUGCUCAACCCUUGCCAAACUUGGUAAGCACAAUUUGAAUUUUUAACCCCAAAAAAAUCCGGUUCAGCGCCCAUAAAUCCGAAAGAGAAGGCGCGAAGACUGCAGACGGAGGACCCGGAUGACUUGGUGCUGCUGUUUAUGGGCGACACACAGUACCAUUUCCCAUGCACACCGUCGAACAGGGAGUGUAAGGAGCACAGUGAGGAGUUCCGGGAGAAAAAUGAUCUCAACAUGGUGGGUUUCGGCGAGAAAUUGAUGAUUUUUCGAAAAUUUCCAGAAAAUGUGUCACGAUGACAUCCAUUUAAAAUGUGUCAGUGGUAUAAAAAACAGCAGUAUAUGGCUGGGAGUACUGUCCAGGGUGUUCAAAAAAAUUUGAGUUCAAAAAUUUUGCGUUGCGCAGUUUUGGAUGACGGAUUUUCUGGAUUUUUGCCGCGGGCGAGAAGCUCUGAGUUUCCCGAAAUUUUUGGACAUGCUUUAGAGAGUACGCCUAGUCAGAUUCAACCGUUGUUUAUAUCACUGGCACAUUUUAAAUGGGUGUCAUCGUGACGUAUUUUCUGGACACAUAAUGAUUUAUAAGUCCCAAGCCCUAAAGUCAUCAAAAAAAAAAAAAUGAAAAAAACCGAUUUUUUUUUGCAGAAUUGCCUCCGAAAGGACCCCAACGGCUUGGCCGCGAUUCAAGUCCAAACCAUUCAGGACGAAUGCGCCAUAAUGGAGAGCCGCUUCUCCAACGAGGUGCAACGCAAGGCCCUCUUUGAUCUGCAUCGAAGGCUGACGAACAAGCCCGUGGGCCUUAUCCUGAAUGGAGAUUUGACCAAUUUCGGGCAUUCGCAUCAACUCGACCUCUUCAAGACCGAGUGGCUCACCAUGCCGUUCCCAAUCUUUGCGGGCUUGGGGAAUCACGACUAUCAGAAUAAUGUGGACGACUGUGUGGCCAAUCAGUGCGUGAACAACAUGCUUUCGUGGUGAGUUGGAAGCUCUACGGUGGCGGACCUGAUCCAAUGGUAAAAAACGUACCAUUUUGCAUCCAGGAAGCAGAAAAAAUGUGGCAAAAUACCUCCCUCUCCAAGUGAGAAACUCCGAUUUCAAAAGCGCGCCCGCUGUUUUUUGUGAGGGAGCCUUCAAAACAGAGUUUUUUUAGUUGAAGAGGAGGUAUUUUGCCACAUUUUUGAUGCUUCCCGGAUGCAAAAUGGAACGUUUUUUGCCACUGGAUCAGGUCCGUCACUGUAGUUGAACCAAAUUGCCGGUCAUAUAGGGCAUCUUGGCUGGUCAGAUUAGCCUUCUUGGCUGGUGAGAUUGGUCAUAUACUGGUCAGGUUGGGCGGAUUUGUCAUUUUGUUUGGUCAGAUUGGUCUUCUUGACCGGUCAGGUUGGGCAGAUUGGUCAUAUUGGCUCUAUUUGAAUUGACCAAAUUGCCGGUCAGAUUGGCCAUCUUGACUGGUCGUAUUGGUCAAAUAAUGGUCAGGUUGGGCAGAUUGGUCAUUUUGGCUCUAGUUUACUUGAAAACAUUUUGCGUCAUAUUUGUCAUCUUACCGGUCCAAUUGGUCAUAUAAUGGUCAGAUUGGGCAGAUUGGUCAUUUUGGCUCUUGUUAAAUUGAACAAAUUUUGGGUUGUAUUUGUCAUUUUCUCGGUCAGAUACGGUGGUUGACUGGGCAGAUUGGUCAUUUUUACCGGGCAGAUUGGGCAACAUGCCAGCUCAGAAUUGCAAAUGUAGCAAUUUUUGGAUCGCUUAGAUUGGUCGUUUCGACCGCUCAAAUUUUCGAUUCAAGCCAUAAAAAUCAUCAAACUAAUAAUUUUUUGCAGGUUCGCCAACGAAUACGCCCCAAUAAUGAACCUCACCAUCGACCUGGAGCGCAGUAAUUUGCUGUGGAAGACGAUCUACGACGGCAGUUUCGCCUAUUCCAAGGACUUUUGCUCCCAAAACAAGGCCGCUUGUGUGCAUUCCAUUCAGCUGCACAAUCGACCGGACUACGCGAACAGCGCGGGCUCGUUGAACAUGUGGAAGGUCAGAGCGUCGCUGCAGUGGCUGCGGCAUGACCUGCACAAGAUCAGCAAUAACACGUGGCCGGUGCUGAUCAAUCUGCAUAAUCAUGAGCUGACCGACACAAAGGAUCGGCUGAAGGUCGAGCUGGAGGCGUGGUAAGUGAUUUGGUGAACGUAGGAGGGAGAUUUCACCGGGCGGAAUGGGCGUUUUGUUAAGUUGACUGGUGAGAUUGGGCAUUUUUUAUAAUUUGCUCGGGCAAAUUGGGCAGAUUGAAAACUUGGGCGGGUAAAUUGGGCAAUUUUGAUAAUUUGACCGGAAAAAUUGGGCAGAUUGAAAAUUUGGCUGGUGAGAUUGGGCAUUUUUGAUAAUUUGCCCGGACAAAUUGGGCAGGUUGAAAAUUUGACUGGUGAGAUUGGGCAUUUUUUAUUAUUUGGCCGGGCAAAUCGGGCAAUUUUGGUAAUUUGAACGGACAGAUUGGGCAUUUUCAUGAUUUGCCCGGGCAAAUUGGGCGGAUUGAAAACCUUCACUUGACCGCUCAGAAUAAAAAUUCGGCCGGUCCAAUUGCUCGUUUUCUUAGUUUAGCCCGCUUGAUUGGCCAUUUUUGUAGCUUGGUCGGUCUGAACGUUUAUGUAUUUUGACCAAUUUCAACGUGCCCAAUAAGACCGUUCGUCCUAGAAUAAAUUCUCUCUACAGUAAUCGUCAUUUUCAGGUUGACCAGUAAAGAAAAUGAAAGCAUCAUUCGCCGUGCGUUUGUUCUCUUCGCUCACGUCCAUGACAACCACUCCUUGUCGGUUCGUUGCAUUGCCGGUGUAACAGUCCCCUUUCUGUAUGUGGGAUCGGUCCCAAAGAAUCGGUAGGUCAUCAUUAGCGGCCAAAUGGCAGAUUUCUUGAGUCGACCGGGCAGAUUGGGCAACUUGCCCAAGCUGACCGGGCAAAUUGGGCAAGUUUCCCAAGCUGACCGGGCAAAUUGGGCAAAUUGUCGAAUUGGCCGUUUUAUCCGCCAAAUCGGCAAGUUUCGAAACAACUGCACGUUUUAAACGGCAAUUUUCAUUCAAACUGCUCCGAUUUCAGCUACACAUUGAUCAAAUUCAAGCCAAUGAGCGCCGAGAUCUUCUUUAUGAAGGCGAAUCCGGACGGUUCGAACACCAUCACGGCGAUCAGAGAGUUUGUUUGGCGGCCUUGUUAA